CAUGUGCAAUAUGAGGUCAAUCCGUCGCCAUUUUUGGAAGAGUGAGGAAGCGAGUUGGGGAACUCGCCUUUUAAACUUGGGGAGAUCUGGAAAAUAAGGAACAGUCCUUCUCAAACACACAGUGCUCGAUCACUGCGUUUAAUACUAAUCGGUCAUAACUACAAGCGAGAAACGACCAAAGGUUAAGACUCUGCAACGUGGCCUAAUACCUAACCCUGGUUAUUGUGGGCUUGCGUUAGAACUGACUAUCGAGUGGGGAGCAGAACCCCGCGGCCCUGUCGGAUCCAAAUACAUACCCCCAAAAUAGUCCACACUUGUGCGGUGUCCGGGGUGGCAACAGUAACGAGCAUAAAACACACAAGGAAUACAACAACUAUGGAUGGAGAAGAGGACGAAUUCUCCGGAAACCAUUCAGAUGAUGGUGCCACUCCAGUGCAGGAUGAACACGAAGGCUCUGAUGCAGAAGAAGGUAGCCCUGCACAGCGCUCGGGCUCAGAGGCAGGCAGUGUAGGACUGCACUCGGAGGAAGAGAAAAGCGAUGGAGAAGAUGACGGUCCCACAAGUAGCAGGCAUAACAACAGGAUGGCCAGUGAUUCAGAAAAUGAAGAUGCCCCCAGACAGCGAGACAGUGACUCUGGAAAGGAGAGUGCUCCCAAACCUCAUGACAAGGACUCUGUAAUUGAGGAGGAGCCCAAAAAUCAGGACAGUGAUUCGGAAAAUGAGGAGGCUCCCAAAAAUCAGGACAGUGACUCAGAAAAGGAGAAUGCUCCUAAGCCUUAUGGCAGCGACUCGGAAAGUGAGGAGGCUCCCAAAAAUCAGGACAGUGACUCGGAAAACGAAGCCGCUCCCAAAAGUAAAGACAGUGACUCGGAAAAUGAGGAGAUCCCCAAAAGCAAAGGGAGCGAUUCUGAAAAUGAGGACACCUCGAAACGCAAGCGCAGGAUAGAAUCUGAUGAUGAGGCAGACAGUGACAAAGAGAACGGCAGAGAGCAGAAGAGAGUGGUGAGUUCAGACAGCGAGGACGAGGCAAAGCCAUCACAAGUUGACAGCAGUGAUAUCGAGGAGGGUGAGGCACCCAAGCGCCGCAAACUGGCUGACAGUGAUGAGGAGGAUGAGGAAGGGAAAAAAACAGUAAAGCGGAAGAAGGUGAUCCUGUCUGACAGCGAGGAUGAAGAGAAGGAAGAAAUGUCCUCUGUGAAGAAGAGCCGCAUCUUGUCGGAUGGAGAGGAAUCCGACACCAAUCGGAAGCUCAAGGCACUGGGUUCAGACAGCGAGGAUGAAGAGGACAAGCAAGGAUCCACGAAGGACGGGAAAACACUCUUCGGGAGUGACAGUGAGUCCGACAAUGAAGAGGAAAAAAUGAUUGCUGACAUUUUUGGGGAGUCUGGAGAAGAAGAUGAGGAAGAGGAAUUUACAGGGUUUAACCAAGAGGACCUGGAAGGAGAGAAGUCUAAAGCGGAGGCAGCAUCAAGGCAGCAGCAGGCAGCAGACUCUGACUCUGAUGAUGGCGUUGAAAGGGGUGGUAGCAAAGACUUCAUGUCUGACUUUGACGUGAUGCUGGCGAAGAAGAAAGCCCUGGGAGGGAAGCGGCGACGGAACCGUGAUGGUGGCACGUUCAUCAGUGACGCGGAUGACGUGGUCAGCGCCAUGAUCGCCAAGAUGACAGAAGCAGCCGAGGAGGACCGGACUCUGAAUGGCCAGAAGAAGCCAGCACUGAAGAAACUUACAUUGCUGCCCACUGUCGUCAUGCACCUGAAGAAGCAAGAUUUAAAAGAGUCAUUCAUUGACAGCGGUGUGAUGAGUGCUAUUAAAGAAUGGAUUGGCCCUCUCCCAGACAAGAGCUUACCAGCGCUGAAGAUCCGAGAGGAGCUGCUCAAGAUCUUGCAGGAGCUACCCAGUGUGAGCCAGGAGACCCUGAAGCACAGUGGGAUUGGCCGGGCUGUCAUGUACCUGUACAAGCACCCCAAGGAAUCCCGGAGCAAUAAAGACCUGGCGGGGAAGCUCAUCAAUGAGUGGUCUCGGCCCAUAUUUGGCUUGACGUCGAACUACAAGGCGAUGACGCGAGAGGAGAGGCAGCAGAGAGAUUUGGACCAGCAGAUGCCAACACGUCGAAGACUGAGCUCUGGUGGACAGACUCCUCGCAGGGACCUGGAUAAGGUGCUCACAGGAGAAGAGAAGGCCCUGAGGCCAGGAGAGCCGGGGUUCUGUGCCCGUGCCAGGGUGCCCAUGCCUUCCAACAAGGACUACGUUGUGCGGCCAAGGUGGAACGUUGAUACAGAAGCUAACCGGGGGCCAACCAAGAAAGGGGUAACUCGCGUGGACAAGCAGAUGCGACGUUUUGCAGACAUCAAGAGGCUGACCAAGCCUGCGCAUGCUGUGAAAAUCAGUGUGGAGGGAAAUCGGAUGCCUUUGUGAUUCACUUUUAAAACCAUGUUUCUUUUUUUUUUUUUUUUUUUUUUUUUUUAUAUAUAUAUAAACAGUCACUGCAUCCAGAACCCAUCUGCUAUUACCACCCCCUCUCUGCCCUUGGACUCUGUUUGCUUUAUAGACCUGUUUUUAUUUAGUUUGGAUGUAUAACACUGUUCAGCAUCAUAGGAUUGUUUGCUUUGGGAGGCAAAUCUCUUGCUCUGAAUUCCUAUAAGGUCUGUCUUGGUCAUAUCACUGUUGUAUUUAAACCGAAGUCGCUUUGUACAGAAACAAAGUUGUUACUUUGGUUUAUUAAUAAACGUGAUGUCUCACAUUA